UGGAUGGGGGUGGGGCUUUUGGAGAGCUUUCCUUGUCACAUGCGAAACAGCAAAACUUUAAAAGGGAACAGCGAUCUUCUCAAUCAAAUGCAAACAACCUUUCCUUUCCUUAUUCUCUACCAACGCCAACAAACAUGCUCGGUUCCGUUCUUCUGGCGGUUUUCUUGCCGUGCAUCGGCAUGAGCGCCGCUUUGAUCGUGUACAUGUGCCUUCUCUACUACUUCACCGACCACUUCUCCGACCCCGCGCUACCGGCCAAGCCAGCCUCCGACAGCGGGCUCUCCCCUUCCCAGCUCGACAAGCUACCCAGAAUCACCGGAAAGGAACUUGUGAUGGGAAACGAAUGCGCCGUCUGCCUGGACCAUAUCGGAACAGAGCAACCGGCUCGGCUGGUUCCCGGUUGCAACCACGCCUUCCAUUUGGAAUGCGCCGACACCUGGCUCUCCGAGCACCCUCUCUGCCCUCUCUGCAGAGCCAAACUCGACCCAGCGCUUUUCUCUUCCUCCCAAAAUCCAUGCUGAACCUCUUUUAAUUUGUUUCUUCAAUGUCUUCUCACAUUGUUUUUUUUCCGAUCAAGCACCGGAGCGAACGCAGUGAUGCCGACUUUAGUAAUUAGUAAUUUUCACUGCUGAUGGUUGAUUAGGAGUUCUCUUCUCGGAUGCCUUCUAGAUUUUUUAUUUUUUAUUUUUUUGAAAAAACUGCAAUUUCACUUUUUGGCUA